AUGAAGCUGGCUUGUCGAGCGAGCAUCAGCAAACGCGAGGCUUUCAAUGCUCCUGACGAAAUAGCCGCUCUUCAUGAGGUCGUUUUUCGGCCGAGCCUGCCAUCGAAUGAUCUGAUCCGGCCAGAAAAGGAGGUCGUUGUAGUCAGCUCCUCGGACAGAAUGAUUGGCUUCCUGUCUCGUAGCGGAUCCGUGAUGGAAGCGGACUCGGAGGCCGGCCUGAAGCGGUCCGACGGAGUGGUUAGAUCCGCUUUUCACCCGCCCCUCCAGGGACUGCAUCUUCCCCACCCCGUCCACCAAUCGCUACACCUUCAGCCCCGGCAACAACUCGACGUCACUUUGUUGCCCACAGAGACUCGUCCCACAGCCCUGGCCAGCGCUCUCGCCUACCUGGACACUCAUCAGUCCGUCGUCAAGGUUAGUCGAUUGGCCGUUUUGCUGUACCACGGCCGGUUGUCGAUGCGGCCUGAGGAAGGACAAGUCGGUGGGUCUUUUGUGUCAUACGACUUUCUUCUGGCCGGAUUGGCGGACCAAUCUUGUGGUCUGUUUGGCUGA